AAGGCUGGUUGCUCCUAAAUUAGCCCCGCAGCAACCAGUCAGCCUCCAUAAAUGUCACCGCGGAGUCUAUCAACACCAGACCACUGUUUAUUAUCCUUUAUCUGUUCUUCUCUAUUGUUCUUCUUCACGCUUAUUGUAUUUUUCCCCCCUACAGGCUAUCCACCUGGAUAUGCAAAUCCAACCGGCGACUUUCAUCCACUCGGUCGCGUCUCCUGUCGCGACUCGGUAAACCCCUCAUCGCUCACAAUGAGCUCCUCACUAGAAGCCAAAAUCGUCGUGUUGGGGUCACAGGGCGUCGGCAAAACAUCCCUCGUCAACCGCUACGUCAAAAACGCGUUUGAGCCGGCCAAAAUAACAUCCACCGUCGGCGCAUCCUUCGUCACCAAACGCGUCCUCGAUACAACCUCGGACACAAUCGUACGACUCCAAAUAUGGGAUACAGCGGGUCAGGAACGGUUCCGUAGCAUAUCGCGAUUGUACUACCGCGGCGCAAACGCCUGUCUCCUGUGCUACGACAUUACAGAUGAGAACAGUUUUAGAGAAAUGACCGGUUGGUUGCAAGAACUCAAGGAGAACCUCGGCCAUAGCAACGAUACUCCUGGAGACAGUCCACUCGUCAUUCAUGUCGUGGGCACAAAAUCGGAUAUUGUCGCCCUCGAGCCCUCACGACGAAAAGUCCCCUUUGAGCGAACGAUUGCAUACGUUGCGGAGCAACUAUAUCCAUCUCAAGCAUCCACACCACCGCCCACGGCCGGAUUUGGCAAUAUGGUUGUCACGACGCCGAUGAGUGGUAGCCUACAAAGUCCGGAUAGUAAACGAAGCAGUGGAUUCUGGGGGCAGGAUAUCGGAUGGGAUUGUUGCCAUGAGAUCAGCGCCAAGGACGGGGAAGGUGUGGAAGAAGUGUUUCGGGUGAUUGCGCGGAAACUCGUCGAGCAAAGAAAUAAACAAAUCAAUGAGAUGAAUGCCAACGGCGGCCUGAACGGCGGGUUAGCAGACCUGAAUACUUCUGAUACGGACGGCGGCGGCGGCGGUGGCUAUGGGAUGAAUGGGAUGACCGGACGGGGGAGUUUUCGAAUUGGUCUCGGUGAUAAACGGAGGAGUUGGCUGGGAUUUCCUCCUGGAAUGGUUGUUUCGGAGGAAAUGGCAUUGCCUUCUGAGAUCGGGAGACAUAGACGACCGUGCUGUUGAUCCUUCCCUCCAUCUUAUAUUAGAAGUUUCUCUCGACGCAUAUGAACGACACGGUUAUGAUGCAUUCAUGGUGGUAUGGUGUUUAUAUCAGGGAUAUCUUGACAUGUUAUUUGCGAUAUGAUUGUUAUGUUUGAUGUUCGUUAUGAAGAUAGGGGUCUCGGUUCGGGCGUUUGGUUUGUCUGUGUAGUAUAUCUUUUCGAGAGUUGGAAAUGAAAUGAUACCUCUAUUUAG